CUGCUGGUCUGGUUGAGUCUAUUCUCUCCUCUGUACAAGGACAAGAUCACAUCUUGCACACAUCUGAACAGCUCGAGCUUUAGAGCAAUGAACCAUUUGUUUGGAUGGACAAGGCUCAUGCUGCUAUGUUUCGUAAUUGAUGUUCUCUGUGCUUCCCAGCAAACAGUCACCUCUGAGACUCAGGAGGUGAAAGGCAUCGUGGGAAAGUCUUUAUCUUUUCCAGAGAGAGUGUUUAAAACUGGAUAUUUAAGGUAUGGAGAAGACACUACUGCAAGUGUGAUCAAUGGACAAAGCCAUAUAGAUUCAGAUGAGAGAUUUAAAAAUCGCCUUCACUGGGACAAUGUGACAGGAUUAUUCAGUCUGUCAGACCUACAGAUAGAAGAUGCUGGGGUUUAUUCUGUGGAGAAUAAAGACGGAGAGAAGAGGAUACCUAAAUUUAACCUCACUCUUUACUAUUUUGUUUCCAAACCUCAGGUGACAGAGUGUGACAGCAGCUCCUGUAGUGUGAUGUGUUCUGUGGACAAUGAAAAAGAGGUGACCUUGACCUUGUACAGGGGAGACGAAAUACUAAACCAAACCAGCAGUCCUGAUCUCACCACCGAUCUAUCUCUCCGUUUGGAGGUGGAGGGAAAGAACUACAACUCCACCUACAGCUGUGUGGCUUCCAACCCUGUCAGCAAUGAGACAGUUCUUGUCCCAAAAUGUUGCAGUGAAGAUGGUCAUCCCAAGGAGACAGACAUGAAUGAGAGGACACAGGGUAUGCUUAUUAUUGCUGUAUUCUGCGUUGUGGUUGCCUCAGGACUGGUUGGACUUGCAAUCAAUCGAAAGAAGAGGGGAAAUGAACACUCACAAGAUUCAUCCGAAGGAGUGCAAGUUGACAAUGAGUAUGCAACGAUUACUUACAUAAAACAAACAGAUAACCAGGAGGAGCGAAGAGGUAUACCAGAACUGGAGUCGCGUAGAGACAACUCUGAAAUGGCAUCCGUUUAUGAUUCACUCCAGUUACAUCGCAUGGCUGCCAGCGGGGAUGUUGACACAGCAUGACGGAACAAAACUGGAAGUCACUGAGAAGCCAACAUGAUAACUCGUGAAGAGGACAUUGAAACAAAAUGAAAGUAAAACAAAUAUUCACCCAGAAAACCUUUUAGAGGCACAGUUGUUAUGAGAGAAAAUUCCCCUGCAACUGUUGCGCUGAUAUAAGUUCAGGGUUUCUUUGUAGGUCAUUCUCACAGACCUGUCAAAUAGAGACCUCGAUGGCAUCCACUUCAAUAACUAUUGAGUUAGUAGCAGGAUCAGGAUAAUCCUUAUUUCCAGAUGCCUUUUGUCCCAAAUCCCAAUGUAUAGGUUAAAAUAAAUGGAACAUAUAUUUUAAUACUGGGCGCAACUUUGGUUUUGGAAUCGGGGGGGGGGACAUAACUUUUUAUCCUGUCGGAUAAACACUCCAAACAGCCUACCCGCCCACUCGGAGGCGUCCGCAUGGCCCUAAAGCACACCAUUGCCUAGUUUUGUAUCACAUU